CAAAGGAGAACGGUGCCUCACGCCAAGAGAGAGAAAUUUCUCAUGAAACUCCUUUGGAAUUUGAAGACGAUUUCGCACCAGGGACAACGGCACUAACAAUAAAUAAUUGUUUAAACGAAGAUAAAUCAUCAAAGUUUUACGGAAUUAAUAAUAGCACGUCCCCUGCUUGCAUCGAACCCUUGCCCGAUUCCGACACCUACUUACGUGGACUUGAAAGAAAAUUGCAGAAAAUCAAAAAAGGUGCUAAUUUAGUAGAAGCUUUGGCAGAGAAACGUAACGACUGUUUACGGCAAUUACUGCACAGUAGUGAUCCCGACAACAACAAUGAUAUUUUAGCAUUAGAUCAACCUUUGAACAAUAUAGAAUUUUACAGACACCUUCAGCCAAUACAAGCUCUCUCCGUUGGGGAACUGGUUCAUAUUGUGAACUACGAUCAGCUACAACAGGAGCAGACACAAGAUAUCGAAAGCAAGCGCGAAGAAAGGGAACGGGAAGAUAAAUCAGAAAACGCUCAAUAGUAGUAAAAGUUAUAAACAAAUAUGAAUACGCCAUUCGGUGAAGUUUUCCUUUUUCUUACCGAUUUGGCAUGGAAAAGCCGUUUAACUAUACCUAUGUUAGUAACAACGAUCUUCCUGAUUAUGGAUAUACGAUUACAGAUUGAAAUUAAUAUACAAACUGGACAGGCUGCUGCUGAUUUAGACCAGCUUGAUGAUCUCGACGAUGAUGAUACAGAUGACGAUGAUACAGAUAACUAUCUUAGUGAUGAUUCGAGCGAUGAAGACGAAAAUAUGUAUAUGGAAUUCGCACAUGCUGUUGAACGCGAACAAAACGCACAGGAGCUCGACAUUGCUGCUAACCGCUUAAGGCGCACGCUGGGCUUGAGUUAAUAUUUAUUCGUGUUAUUUACAAUUAAAAAUUGCUAUAUUUCGCUAGUCUAUAUUAUUAAAUGCAAAAAAUUAAGCGACCCUUAACAAUUGUCUAACAAUGGAUAUUAUUAAAUAUUUAUAUAAAUACGUAUAUUGACACAACGUUUUAUGAUGAUAGUGCUUAGAAUAGUCAAAAUUACGAUUAUUAAUAAAAUUUAAACAUAACGGA